UUUUGGAUAAAAGUGUUUUUAUUUAAAGUAUGAAUUUCAUCACCCCUGGGCAGCACCGCAGUUGUACAGGACACAUUUAGCGCGACCAGUUAUCAAUACUCCGCCUUGAUAAAGAGAGCACAGACCGAAAAAAGACAGCGGGGCGGAAAUUACUUCAUUCGUUUGGCAGCGGGGCGGAAGUACGUCUCAUGUUUACAGCUGUGAAAACAAAACAAGCAGGAACUGCGACUGCAGCAUGAUGGAUGAGCUGGUGCACGACCUGGUGUCAGCCCUGGAGCAGACCUCCGAGCAGACCAAGCUAGAGGAGCUCUGGGAGGAGAUGGUUCUGAGUCCUCUGCAACAGCGCAGGCAGAUCCGACGGCGCCGGGGACGUAAACGCCGUUGUGACUCCUCUCUCCACCCCUUGGAGCACAGCCGUUGCCUCAGUGAGGCCUCCGAGUCCAGCCUGGACGAAGCAGCCAAGGACUGCCGGGAGAAUGCUGCCCCGGCGGCAACCCCCUCCGCCGCCAACUACAGCGACUCAGACGACAUGGUAAUGGCCAAGCGCUGGCCCUCCUGCUCCAGCAACAGCUACGCCAUCAAGACCAAGCAGCACUCCUGGCCUGAGUCAGACUCCUUCACAGAGAACACCCCGGGACGGCCACUCAGGAGGAGGCGGAAGGUCAAACGCAUGACCUCUGAUGUGACGGUCAGCCUGCAGCAGAAGUUGACGGUGUCAGGGGUGGAUGGCGAGCGGGGCGGAAACCACAGGUUGUCCAAAAAGCAGCGUCUGUCCAGGCUGAAGAAGGGCGCUGGAGGCUGGGUGGGAGUGGACAGGGAGGCUGAUGGAGUGGGCCUCAGGGCAGAGGAGUGCUGGAAGGAUAAGAUCCCAUUGGUCCUGGAGGCCAAGGAGCAACGAGAGGCUUCUGAUGAGAAUAUGUCUGAAGGUGAAACUAGCAGCAUAUGCAGCAGUGAUCCUGGCCUCUUCACUAACGAUGAGGGAAGACAAGGUGAUGAUGAGCAGAGUGACUGGUUCUUUGAGGGGGAGUGUGGAGCGGGGGGGAUGGGCAUUCCCAGCCUGCUGCCCAGCUGGGACCCAGAUACUCCUCCUGUCCUCGAAGUACCAGACUCAGCUCCACCCACCUUCCUACAGCCUGCACGGCCCACUCAGAGAGGUUACCAUGCCCGUCUGAACCGGUUGCCUGGCGUGGCUGCCCGCUGCAUCAGGAAAGGCCGGAGGAGGCUUCCCAGUAAGGACAACAGUAUGUCAGUGUCUAUGGAGAGAAUGAAGCAUUUCUCUCAGGACCCCUAUCAAUGGCUGCCUUCCAUUGGAAAAAGAGAUCGGAGCCAGUUCAACCCUCUGUGUCCGUUACCUGUUUAUCCCAUUGACAUGGUGCCAGACAGCUCCCAUCGGAGAUGCUCCUCUUCCAUCUGCAAAACCAGGCAGACUAACGUCCAUCUGGGACUGCUGUGCACAGGGGACAUCAAGAGGAGGAGGAAGACCACUGCUGUCUCUGUCACCACAACAUCAGCAUGCAUCCCCUUCCAUAAAGAUGACCUGGGAGAGGACACCUCCACCUCCUCCACCUCUCUGAGCAUGGAGUCUGCAGGCCCUGGGCCCUCCACGUCUGACAAGCAGGACUUCAUCAAGCCUGGGACUUUAUUCAGACCUAGCCCCCAGAGGGAGCAGGAGCAGGACUGAGGGGGAGAGAGGGAGAGAGCGAGAGAGAGGGAGAGCACGCCAUUGCUCUCUGAAUCAGCAUUGUGCUGCUGGAUCAAGUCUUUCCAUCUAGCAUUUAAAGGAUGAAUAAUGUUAAUGCAAUCAAGCCCAGUUAAUCACUCCGUAGCCAGCCAUUUCCUUGAAGAGCCUCCUCGUCUUGCUACUCCAGACUGCAGCACCAGCCAGGCACCGCCUCCUGUCUCUACAAUACACAGUCUGCAGGCCACCUGCCCAUUACUCAGGCCCAACAAUUAUGUCUUCUUUGAGUUGCCUGGCAUUUGUCAGCAGGGACACUGAAAUGAUGGUCAGGGAGGGUUGAGUGGUUGGGGGUCUGCUCUGCUGAAAGCCUGGGAGAAGUGGGACCAACAGGUCUGCUCUGCAGCGUAUGUAGCAGCUGACAGAUAGGAGAACAUCAGAAUGUUCUGCUACCUCAUGCUGGUACAAGGUUCAGAGAGGUGACCACCGAGAGAGAGCGGCACAAAGAACAGGUCUCCUAUUAGCAUGGAUUGGAAAAGCUACACUGGCUACAACGUCUCUCAUUAGCACAACAGAGAGGGGCUGUGGCUGCGCUCCUCGGAGGGGCCUCUUUGUUCUCUUCAGCUCACCUUCCUUAUUCAAAUUUCAUAACACAUUCAAGUUCAAGGCAAGUCGCACAAUCCGUUUUCAAAACACCGUUUUUUUUUGUGGAAAGCGGUUGUUUUGUGACUGACUGGGCUAAUGUUGAGAGUGUGUUGAAAGUCAGGUGGAGAGGGAUGGGGGAGCAGGAGAGGAGGGUAAAUAACAGUAAUCUCCACCGUGUUUUAAGUGGCACACAAAGAGGAACCCUGGUGUCUCUAGCUAGCUGUGAGGCUGGGCUGUGACUGUCUGCCCUGACAUUACCUGGCAUUCCCUGGCUGCCCGCCCACAGCAGAUAAAUGGGCAGUGCCAGGGGCACAGAGAGAUCAGUGUGGUAGCAUCAUGAUAGCAUACACUCACCAUCCAGUACAGGGCUCAGGAGUCCCUGCAUUAGAAGGCAGAGGGUUUACUCCUGGAUGGCAGUGAGAUCAGUGAUAAUGAAUAACUGUAAGAGAAUGAGAGGACAGCUUUCCCUACUGACUCCGCUCCCUCAGUGGUUUUAUAUCACACGGCCCAGUCACAUGAGCCCAGUCACACUCACUCUAACCAACAUUGUGCAAGCUCUUCAGAGAUGAGACAAGGUAGUUAGUUAUGUGGAACAUUUUAUUUUUAUGCAAAGGAAUCAAGUGAUACAUUGAUUUAUCAGUGGUAUGAUUUAGGAAACCGCUCUUUAUGAACUAUAUUUGGCUAGAUAACUAUGUCACUAAUGCAGUAUGAUUAUAAUCUUGGAUCAUUUUCAUUGGUCAUUGUGCACAGUAAAUACAUAGCUAUUUUUCAAAGCUUUAGAAACAAUAUUUAAAAAAUAUUAGGUGCAGAUAACACUUCUGUGGAAUAGUCACAGUUUUAUAAAUUAGUGUGAGAUAUAGAUCUGCAGUGAUCCUUUUGAGAAGGUGCUUAGCUGACGUUUUAGAAAUGCUGUGUGUGUAUACUCAUCUAAAUGGAUGCCUCUCCCAAGACAUCCUGCUACAGGAAUCUGUCAGUCUGCAGACAGACAGAAAUAACCUCCACCCUCAGACCGCCAGCGCCAUCCUGAAGAGAACACAUCAGUGGGUACCUGAACACAAGAGAGGCUACUCAGCUUCUCAAGGAACCAUAGCACUGUUGGAUAAGAAUAUUACAUGUCAUACAAAAAUAUGCUAAUGUUAAAGGAUAUUGUGAGUCAGAGCUUUUGCUAGAUCAGCUCUGUUUUAACAAGUGCUUGGUCUUUCCUGGAGAGGUCCCUUUCCCUAAUGCCUUAUCCGUCACUCUGUGUUUUGGUGCCAAAGAAAUUGACAGAUAGGAAGGAAUGUUCAGAUCAAGUUUCGUCAAUUGCAGGGGGAAUGCCUUACCUGGCUUCCUCCAUAGUAAUUCGUGUUCACCAUGAUGUGAUGUCUCAGCCAGCCCCCCUCCAAAAUGAAUUUCCAAUGGCCAUGCAGACAGGAAGUGGGGAGAGAGAGCGUUACGUGCACCCAGUCAAUUGCCCUGUUACAGUUAAGGAAUCCAGCGGGCUGGUACCACUCAUAUUUCAUCCUGGGUAAAGAUUACCUGUCAGGCCCACGGGAGAUGUAUUGAUCUGUUUUCCUUUUUCCGGCAGCAAUCACCUGACAAAGGCACCUAGGAGGCGAGUGAAUGAGUGAUGCCCAGUCCGUCUCCUCCAGUGGGAGGCUUCCAGGCCGUGUCCACUGAACAGGGGAUGGGACGGGAUGGGGGGAUGAGGAGACAUAAUGUAGUCAGAAACUCUGCAUGAACCUACUCUCUGAACAAGCAGGGAAGGCUCAUUCCUCCAUCCCUGUAGGUCAGAGGUCAUUUGUGAACACGCGGUUUGGGCCGCUUUUUUAUUUUAAUAUUUUUUUUGUUAUGAAUUGUAUUUGUAGAUGGUAGAUGGCAGAAACACAGAUACAGCAUGUGUUGAUUGCUAACACAUCUGUGGUAUCUGGUUACCGCAGUUCACAGUCCCUGCUGACAAAUGUAGAUGUUGUGGGUCACAAUGGUUGGCUCUGGUGAAAUAACCUCUGUCAAUGACAUCAGUGAUCCAGUCAGUCAAUAGGAAGUGUUCUAUUGAGAGGUGAUCUGUUAAAGAUGAGAAAACAACUGUAUAUUUUGUUUCUGUAUGUCUGGGCACUCUUAUCCAUAAGUUCCAAGCACUCUGUUCACAGGAUCUCCUGAGUUAGUGAUGAUGGUACUGCACUAUCAAGGGUCAAUACUAUUGUACAUUAUCCGUCCUGUAUUUCUUGGCUGCUUGAAUAGACUGAUAUUUUUUGCAUGGAUUGUCAGAAUGUUGAUAUACUCUAUGAAACCUUAAACAUAAACAUAGUGUUCAUUACAUUGCACUCAUAUUGUAUGAUAUAAAAUACGAAAGGUCCAUCCAUAGAUGUAGAUCCUGGUAUAUAGAUAUGCAUUUAUUAUGGCAUCUUCAUGACUUCUAAGUGCUAGAUAUACCGUGAUAGACAGAAUGACAAAACUGUCUUGAUUAUAUUUGUAGUUUUAUUACAAGGAUUUUAAACUAUUGUCGUAGGCAGCUAUCCCAUAUGACUAAUAGCAUCUUAUCUUGUAAGCUGUUAUGUUUAUAUUUGCGUAAUUGCUUUGCAAAUGAUCUAAGGAGGAUUAUUUUUAUUCUGUCCUUAGAAAGCCUGCACUGUGUGUUUGUCGUUCUGUUGAUGUCAGAAAUACAUUACAGUAUUUAUGUAGUUGCUAGAUAAACUUAAUAUAGUAUACAGUAUUUAUGCCCAACUUUCCAUACCAUGAUUUCAUUUAAUGUUAAAUUAACAUUAGGAAAGUUAAACAAAUUAGUACAUUAUGAAUCAUUAAUCAUAUACGCAUGUGUAUUUUUAUCACUGUGUGUCUUCAAUACUCAAUGUCCAUGCCUUUCAAAUAUAUUUAUCCCAAAGGCUGUAA